AAGUUUCCUUUGCAAUCUAAUCGCUCUCGAUUCCAGUACACGUAUCCGAUCACUAAAACUCUCAGCGACCGACUAUCACCAACUUACAAGAUGGGUAACGGAGCCAAAGCACAACAGAAACGGGAUCGUAAGGGAGACGCAGGUCCUAAGGAGGCAAAGAGUCAGCUGAAAGCCAACGCGGCCGCACAAACGAUCAAGUGCAAGACCUGCUUCCAGACCUUCCAGGGCACCACCAGCCGCAAGAUGCUCACCGACACGCACCAACAAGCACAGCAAAGACUUUAGUGUCUGCUUCAACGCCGACGAAGGUGUUGUCAAAUAAGCAAUCGAUCUUUUGCGCAGACGACGGAGAGACCAAAUCUCUGAGCGAACAACAAUUUCAACGGCGAAGUUUGGUUUUUUACACGAGCACGAGAUACCAUAAUCGGAAGGCGCGAGGGGAGCGGGGAGUUCACGAUGGGGACGACUGUCUACGACGAUGUGGAUAUGGUGUAAUAUUUAGGCGCAUGGAGUAGCAAUCGAAGAAUCCAAGUCUACUUUGAC